AUGGCACUUAUUAAGCGCUUACUAUGUGCAAGUGCUGUUCUAAUGGCCUUCCCAUUGGAUGACGACGAUGACAAGAUCGUUGGGGGCUACACCUGUCCUAGGAACGGCCUCCCCUACCAGGUGUCCCUCAACAGUGGCUACCACUUCUGCGGCGGCUCCCUCAUCAACAGCCAGUGGGUUGUGUCAGCUGCUCACUGCUACAAAUCCCGCAUCCAGGUGAGACUGGGCGAGCACAACAUCGAUGUAAUUGAGGGGACCGAGCAGUUCAUCGACUCUUCCAAGGUCAUCCGCCAUCCCAACUAUGAUAGCUGGAUUCUGGACAACGACAUCAUGCUGAUCAAGCUGUCGACCCCUGCCACCCUCAACAACCGGGUGGCUUCCGUCUCCCUGCCCUCCUCCUGCGUGACCGCUGGGACCACCUGCCUGAUCUCCGGCUGGGGCAACACGCUCAGCUCUGGCAGCAAUUACCCAUCGCUGCUUCAGUGCUUGGAUGCCCCCGUGCUCACUGAUACGGCUUGCCGCAACGCUUACCCCGGAGAAAUCACUGGAAACAUGGUCUGCCUGGGAUUUCUGGAGGGUGGCAAGGACUCCUGCCAGGGUGACUCCGGUGGCCCCGUCGUCUGCAACGGCCAGCUCCAGGGUAUCGUCUCCUGGGGCUAUGGUUGUGCCCAGAAAGGCAGGCCUGGAGUCUACACCAAGGUCUGCAACUACGUUAGCUGGAUCAGAAACACCAUUAGCAGUAACUAA